AUGACAAACAGUGAGGGAAGCCAUGCUUCACAAAGGGAGGUGGUUGAGGGUGAAGUCAAGCAAUGCAAGAGAAGAAGGCUUAAGAUGCAAGCCGAUUUGGAGAAGGAUGGAUCAGAAAGGAUGGAAGAUCUGAUGCAGAGGAAUGACUCUCCGAGUGAAGAAGAAGUGAGGAGACUGAGAGUGAAGAAGAAGGAGAGUGAGAUUGGGGUAAAUGAUCAAGGGGAAGAAGGUGAUGACCAAGAGGAGAUGAGAGGGAACCAAGAUGAGCCAAUGGAAGAGGCUGAGGAAGAGCAAGAGGAGGAUGAGCUCCCCAUGUACCAAGAGCACUACAAUGCUCUCUUCUCCAUGGACUUUGUGGAGACUAAGCACCCACACGAUGACACCAUGAGAGAUCUUGGUAUCUUUGAGGAUGUGGAGUUGGUGCUCAAGAACAUGCAAUUGGGGAAGUUCUUCUCUCACCGCAUGGAGUCUUACAAGGAGUUGACUUGUGAGUUUUUGGCGUCGAUGAAGCAUCACGAGUUUGAUAGGCUGGCUUGGUUUAUCGCUUGUAGUCCCAACCUCUCGCUGGACUCUCCUUCCAAGGCUGAUAAACUUACUAGCUUCAGUUCACGACCUAGUGUUUCUAGAUCCUUCUCCACACUCACUUCUGCUCUUCUGCGGCUCAAAGCAUCAGCUACCACGUUGGCCUUUCCAGGGUGGUAUUGA